CAAAAUACAAAACUCACUUGCGCUUGGAUAACUACGUUUAGUUUAAUGUACAGAUAUAUUUAUUCAUUUUUGAAAAAUAAUUCAAAACAAAAAACAAAUCUAAUUACUAAAAUAAAUACAACAGAACAAAUAAUAAAAUAGAAAUGUACAAUGUUCAAUGGUAUAUAAUGAUACUUAUAAUCGAAAGGACGACAGCGUAUCGUGCGCACAUGGGAUCGUAUCUCCCGUCUUUCGGUGCGUACACGCAUCGCCCACGCGUGGUCCACGGCAGGGAAGACCGCGAUAACCUCUAUCCAUACGUCGUGAGCCUCGAAAGUGAAAACACACUGAUCCCAAAUAUCCUCGUGCACAGGCUCUGCAGCGGCUCCCUCAUCGCGAAACAGUGGGUCCUCACGGCGGCACAUUGCCUCCAUUCAAUAAUGACAAUAGUCAGAUACGGCGAUGUGACCACACCGAGAAACAAGACCAGUCAAAUAUCGAAAGUUUUGAAACGUAUCAUUCAUCCGUCAUAUCUCGUUCGCAAUUCUCGGACGUACUCUGUGAUUAUACGGAACGAUAUAGGAUUGGUGUUUGUGGAACCAAUUCUAGUGGAAAGGUUAGGCAUAAUCCACAUGGGUGAUUAUAAGACUUUUGUGGGUAGAGCUUGUGUGUUUGCCGGGUUCGGCUUCACCCACGCCGAUCCUAGGAAAGUGAAGGCCCAAGAUAUGCUGGAGGAUUUGAAGAAGCCGCUGCAAGUUGGAGAGGGAUCGGUGCGGGGGAAAAGUGAGGAAUUCAUGAUUGUGUCUCCCUCAUUGGCGGUCGUUCCCAAAUGUGGAAAAAACCAACCGUGGCCCAACAGCGGGGAUUCUGGGGGACCCUUGAUCAUUGACAGAAAAGUUGUGGGCGUGUGCAGUGCGGGAACUUCGGCUAAUGAGAGGAGAUUUAACUAUAACUUUUACACUCCACUUAGUCCCUACACUGAUUGGAUAAGAGAAACUAUGGCUAAAAAUACUUAAUUUUUUUUCUUACGUAUUGUAAUACUGUAUAUUUACUCGUGAUUUAGUAUAUAAAUUUUAUCUUUGA